UUUGAUUGCUUAUAAUAUAUAACCGUUGAAAACAUUGGAUAUUAGAUAUUUUCCAGGUUGCAAUUAAUUACUUGGAUGAUUAUUAAAUGUUGGGUUUCUCGCUGAUAACAGUAUAGUAUCAUUAUUAUCGGAAUUGGAAAAAAAUUUGAAACGCUCGAAGAGGUCCAACCUGAAUGAGGAACUGUGUCAAAAGCCUUGCGGUAAUCAACCCAGGCAACAGAAAUAUUUCUGAGCUUCCUUCUAGCUUGUUUUGUCAGGAUGUAAUCGACAACCAGCAAAUCUUUUGAUGAUCUUGCGCCUCUUCGGCAUCCUCUUUGCUCAGCUGCCAUCAAGUUGUUUUCCCCUAGGUGUUUACUUAUUACCCCAGUGAACAGUUUGGGUAAUCAUGACUUUUCGUCAUGUGGAUGUGGGCGGAUCUUCGACAUCCCAAUUACGCACGCGCGAACAGUAUCAUCGGGGCAUUUUGUUGCCAGAUUGUGCAAAAGCCGUAUCUUCGGAAUCGGACUUCGAUUUAUAGAAACUGAUAUUAUUGCCAAUUGUGGAAAUUAAUCACAUAUCACAUUAUACUCGUAUGUAGGCUUCUCCGCAUUAAUUUUCUUAAGAAAUCCUUUCGAAAAUAAAUAAAAUAGUGUUAAGAAAUGACAGCUCUAUUCAGAUGAGAGGAAGUUAGAAAAUGGAUACCUAUUAACACAUAAACAAUUGCAUAAAUUAAUCUAUGUAUUUGAGUCUGAAUUUAGCAAAAUUCUGAGAUAGGAUUUUUUCCACUUUUUACAGUAAACACCUGACCUGAUUUGUUACAUUUGCUUCAUUCAAAAAUUCACUUUCAAAUAAUUUAAUUUUUAAAUAGUAUUUCAAAUAAAUGUAUAGUUGAAUUAUAAUAUAUUGUUUAUAUAGAAAGUCAUGUGAUAAAGGGAAUAAUAACUUUUGAUCUUAUCGGUUAUUAUCUUUAUAUGGAAAGGAAUUUAGUACUUUCCAAACAAUUUAUUUUGAUUUCUGAGCUGAUAUCCAUCAGUAUCAUUCCGUGAUACCGAAUGAAAAUCAUUGGAAUAUUAGAUUCCUCGUAAUCUAAAUUGUUUCUCAGUAGUUUCAAAACAAAACAAAAACAAACACUUUCACUUCCACACUCAAGGGACGUUAACUUUGAAUUCGAUCCGGAUAUGUCAAAAUAUUUUGCUUCUAUCAUUCAUUCUUCAAAUACCUGAAUAAUCGUCACAUCUGGCAACGUUGCUGCUCAUGUUAAGGACCGCCCACAUCCACAUGACGAAAAGUCAUGUUUACCUUACAUGCUUAUGCGUAUUCGAAUUGGAAGACGUCGAGUUCCGUUAUCACGAAUAAAGAAUAUUCGAUCGGUCGCGCAUAUAGGCAGAUGUCAUAUUCCUACGCCAGGUUUUUUUAAAGGAAAAAAUGUUUAACGUAUGAUAGUUUUUAGCAUUCAUUCCAUAACGUUUAUGAGAUUGGUAAGAGUAACAUUUUCGAUUUUCACUUAUUAUCGACAUUUUCGUGGUACAUUGUAUAAAUUAGAUAUCGAUAGCAUUGGAUAUUAUGGUAUUUCGAAUGAUUUGUUAAUUUGCGAAAAAGAUCAUAUCUAUAUAUUUUAUGUUAUAUGUAAUUGAAUGUUGAUUCAGGAUCUAUAAGAAUUUAUUCGUGGGUAAAGUAAAAAUGUAUAUCUAAAUGCAAUCGAGUCGAUGUUAUUAUAACGUUAAGUUUGGUAUAAAGUUAUUAAGUUUUUCACAUAUGGAAUGUUCUGUUACAGAGUUGGUAAUCGAAAAGAAAGGAAUAUGGAGAGAAGACAGCUAGAGGACCAUUCCAGGCUAUUGCGGAUUAUUGAGGCGGUGGUGGCGGUGACCCCCUACUAUCCACGGGGUCACCGCCGCGGACAAGGCCGCGGCCGGAGUCGUGGCUACGGCCGGGGUCGGGCGGGCCGCGGCUCCAUUAGACGAUACCGAUGGCGGAGCGGGAGGAGAGCGGCGAGGGCGGUGGAGGCCGGUCCCUCCUCCAGAGAGGCGCCACCACCAACGCCGGUGGGGGAGGCGGCGGCGGCGGCCGUGGAGGUGGGGACGCAAGAAAGUGAGCCCAUGGAAUAAAAAAAUAAAAGUAUUAAAAAGAUAUUGGUUUUUGAUUAAUGGUAUUGUUGUACGAGAGAAAACGGUCGAUUGUACAAUCCUUUUUCCUAUAUCCUUGCGUCGAGAAAGCGUUCACGUACGUUGACAUAAGGACGAUGCAAAUAAUCAGUUCAAUAUCGCGUUAUGUUCUAUUGAAGUAUUAUACAUAUAUUGGUAGAUAAGUAUGUCGAUAAGUAAUUAAGUGGAGGAACUGGGGAC